CUUUUAAGGCAAACAAACACACACAGAGAGUAGAGAGAGAUCAAACACACACACACACAGUAGAAGCAAUAAAUGGCAACCACAAUCAUGAGUUCCCUGAGUCUGAAACCCUCCGCCUUCACCGUGGAGAAGUCCGCCGUGAGGGGGCUGCCGUCGCUGAACAGAACCACCACUCUUAGGGUUCAGGCCAGUGGCAUCAAGAAGAUCAAGACCGACACUCCUUAUGGACUUGGUGGAGGUAUGGACUUGAGGGAUGGUAAAGAUGCAUCUGGCAGGAAGCCAACAGGAAAGGGUGUUUACCAGUACGUUGACAAAUACGGUGCUAAUGUCGAUGGAUACAGCCCCAUCUACAACAGAGACGAGUGGGCACCAACCGGUGAUGUUUACGUCGGAGGCACAACAGGGUUGGCCAUAUGGGCAGUCACACUUGUUGGUAUUCUUGCUGGAGGUGCACUUCUUGUUUACAACACAAGUGCUUUGGCUCAGUAAACAAAUUAAUUAUGUUGUAAUUUGUUUUUAAUUAGAAACAUAUGUGUAUUGAUACUUUGUGGAUUUUUACAGCCAAUUUGUAUAAUCUAAAUACUUUUUUAUAUAUAUUGUGGUUGUGUAUUAAAA